GCGCUGAUUGGCUGCGCCGCGCCGCGCCGGGCUGGAUACAAUGUAGGCGCGCUGCAGGGCUUUGGCCAUGGAGCCGGGCAGCAUCGAUAACUUGUCCAUCCUGUACCAGAGCUCCAACUUCAUCGUGGUUAACAAGCACUGGGACAUCCGCAUCGACAGCAAAAUGUGGUACGAGAAGCUGACCCUGCAGAGCCAGCUGAAGUACCGCUUCCCUGAGCUUGCCGACCCUGACACCUACUAUGGCUUUAGGUUUUGCCACCAGCUGGACUUCUCCACCAGCGGCGCGCUCUGUGUAGCCCUCAACAAAGCGGCGGCUGGGAGUGCCUACAAGUGCUUUAAGGAGCGGAUGGUGACCAAGGCCUACCUCGCCCUGGUCAGGGGCCACGUGAGUGAAAGCAGGGCGACGAUCCGUUACGCCAUAGGGAAGAACACGACAGAAGGCCUGACCCACAUGAUGUGCAUCGAAGGGACGACGGGCUGUGAAAACCCGAAGCCUUGCCAGUCCGAGCUCGUUGUUCUCGAGCAUGGGAUGUACAGUGGUGACCCAGUGACCAAAGUGCUGCUGCAGCCACUGACAGGGCGGACGCACCAGCUCCGGGUUCACUGCAGCGCCAUCGGGCACGCCGUCGUGGGAGACUUCACCUACAGCUUCAAGAAGGACGGCAGCCCGUACAGGAUGAUGCUACACGCCUACUACCUGCGCAUCCCCACCGAGCAGGAGCUUGUUGAGGUCUGCGCGCCCGACCCCUUCGUCACCACCAUGGACAGCCAUUGGGUCCCUCACCGCAUCGUGCACCAGCUGGACGAGGUGAUCCAGGAGCUGAAGGACAAGGCCAGCCAGGCAGGGGAUGAGGAGAGGAGCCAGGAAGCCGUGCUGAGGGAUGGAGGAGAGGAGAGGCUGAGCCCAGCCCAGAGCCCGGGGACAGAGGAGCAGCAAGCCAAGUGCGAGCAGUGGCUGGCGGAGUGGGCGCUGGAAUGAGAGCUGCCCUUGCCCAUGCCUUGCAAACCUACACCUCCAUUUUUAAUCCCUGCAGGCCCUGCCUCAUCCCGCUGCCUCCCCCAGCACCCAGCGCUGCCGCCACAUUUGCACUUUUCUAGGCUGUGUUUUCAUAGCCUGAAUCAUCCACGGAUUCAAAUCCGGGACCGAACUCUGAUGCAUGUGAGCGCCCGCAAGGAUUUCUUUCCAAUGCAUCGGCCCGACCCCUGCCUCUGCCUGCACCUUCCAUAGUCUGUGCCAAAGUCACCCUCGCGUGUCAGAAAACUGGUAGGAACCCCUACCUAUAGCAGCCUUCGUUAGCAUCAGCCAUUAGGUGGGCCUCAGCAGACCUGAUCCCAUGACCCUUAGUGCUGGAAGGAGGCUGAGAUGCAGCCUCGCUCAAGAGCAUCCCUGAUCAGGAGCGGGGUAAAACUGGCUCUCAUGGCUGUCUGGUAGGACCUGCUUUGUUUUCCCACUUCCCCCUGCCCCUUGUUCCCAGCUCUUGAGGAAUCACCUGGGCACUGUGUCCCAUUGACUCUGAUGAUCGUCUGGCGCAGGGGGUGAAGAAGUGGUGCUUGCCACUGAAUAAGGGUGAAGGGAUGUGACGGCCAAGGGCUUUGUUACAGGGUCAUGAGGUGUUAAAACAGAGCUGCUUGCAGGGUCCCUCCAAGGGACCGGAGCACUUGCUGUUUUCCUUGCUGCGUUUUGUCCGCUUGUCUUUUUAAAAGGUUUUAUGGAAAACUGAGUUAAUGAACACUGAGGGAUUUUAAAUUUUUUUUAGAGAAGUUUGACAAGGAAUACAGCCUGGUGGUGAUUCUGCAAUGCCAUCAAACCUUUCUACAUUUCUAGCCUGUUUUGCCCCAUGCAGGUUAACAACGUCCAAGAUCCCAAAGCUUUUCUCUCUUGAGAGAGCUGUUUUAUUACCCCCUCUUCUAUCCAUCCAUGUCUAACUCUGGUUUUUAGUUUUUGACGGCGUUCUGGGUAAUUCUUAGCUGAACAUAACCCGGAUGUGAAUUAAUACCAGUCAGUGUGUCCUACUGCCCGGAUCCCCCUUCAACAGGGCACUGCAGGUCUUUCAUCACUAGAUGGUGCCCUGGCAGCUCUUGUGAUCACACCGGCUUUGGACUGCAGCGGUGGGACCGGAGGAAGCCACACAGCCGAAAGGGAUGUGAAGGAGCAGAUGCAAACCCAGGAUAGAAAGGAAGAUCUGGCCGGGAGCUGGAAUUCAGCAAAGAUCAAGGAAGCCUUGGCUGAAACUUUUUUGCUUUGCAAACCUGUUUCACUCCUUUAAGGCCGUCUGGCCCAUUCAAGUCUUCAUCCUGCCCGGCUGCCGUUUUAAAUAACAGGAUGGCAAUGUUUUAAUGGUGUUCAGCGCUGCAGUUUGUAGGUUUUUGGGACCAUACACCAUGGCAGCACAUGCAGCUCUGUUGUGACUCGGUUCUCUUAGGUAUUUUCAUAGCAAAGCUCCCUGUAGCAUACCAGGGACUGAGCAGCUACAUCAGCGCAUGCCUUUAGCUCCCCUUAAUCCCCAGGCUGUUGUGCAUCUAAUGCGAUGCAUGCUACCAUGCUUGAGAAAAUCCACCUCUGUAGCCUCCGAUGACUGAUGAGAAAACCCCCCCCUGUGGUUCUGCCCGGCUUGCUUUGCCUGCAAGCUCAUAUGUCUGCCCCUGUGCGUGACUUGAGGUCACGUGUUGACAUGGGUGCAUCUUCAAAGAUGGUCUCGCCUGAGCGUGUAGCAGGCGAGGGUGCUUGCUCUAGGCACCGCUGUUUGUGCAUCUCUUGGUUUCUGUGUCACUCAGAACAACACGUGCCCCUUGAGAGGGAGAUGACCAGGCUGGGGGUGGAUGGAAACGAUGCACGUGUGUUCCUGCAGUGUCCAGUCUGCCAGUAGGGUAUGGACUGAUCCUUGAGAUAGUAGCUCAUCAUUGAGCCCCUGAUACAUAGCUGGAAGUCUCCUGUUUGCUGCUCGGUGUUCAGCACUUGGCAUAAAUGUCCCAUGAGCUAAAGGCCUGAUAACACCAGAGGGAUCAUUGCUUUUGCAGGAGAUUUCCCUACACCGGGGAUCAGCGACCUACAGCCCACGGACAGGAUCUGGCUGUUGGAUCUGGCUCAUGGACCUGGGGUUUUGGUAGUGGGGAGCUUUUGUGGGAAUGGGGGCUUUCCAGGGUCUCCUUCCAGGCUGUAGCAGUUGGGUCCUGGCGCCCACUUUCUUUAGAUGAGCUGCGCCAUUUCCUGCCCAUGGUCUGAGAAGGUCGCCAGCCGGUGUCCUAUGCCAUUCCCACUGGUACCCGACACAGGGAUCUGCCAUCGGUGAACACACGUGGCUCAGGAAGGGGCACGGAUUAGCAGCUGCAGGAGGCAGCAAUCCUGCCUUGGUUCUCAUUAGGGUCCGAAAUCUCCAUUUGGGUUCAGAUGCCGGUGUUUUACUGGGCCGGCAGUGAGGAACAUACCUCUCCAUGUGACUGUGACUGACUUGCACUAGUUGGCUGAGACAGGAUCCGACAAGCCAUGACUUUGAUUCCUUCUGGUUCAUGGGACUGUGUUUGUACUGGCUCAGGGCAACCCUAAUUAUCAGUGUUACUGGCUGCUACCAAUAGCCAUCUGCUUGAAAGUGGGGGCAGGGGGGUGGCCAGGAUGAGAAGCACUGUGGAAAAAUGUGUUGCCUACCUCUAACUCUACCAGGUCUGCUCCGGACACCCGUUUCCCCCGCCCUUCUUGCAUGCAUGCUCAGGGAGAGGGGAAGAGACAAGGAGCAACUGGGAACAGGGCAGGGAGCAACUGGGAAAUGUAGAGUCAUGAUGAGCACCAGUGUCUGGAGUGAGUGACUUCGCUGAGCACUAUGGGAGGACUGUUGCACUCCAAAGGCAAGAGACCACACUUAGGCCUCUGGGCAAUACUUCUGCAAGGCAUGGGACGGAGACUCUGCACUGGGGGAGUCAUGAGAUAGGCAGAAAGCAUCUUCCAGCUGAGAGACACUCAGCAUUAACCCGAGUGGCUCAGUAUUGGGUGGGAGUGGGGCUCCCUGUUGGCCAGGACCAUCUCAAUUGGAGUCUUUGGGUGUGUCUACACGUGAACAUUUAAUGUGCGUUAGCCUGAUUUAAGGUGCAUUAGGAGCACAU